AUGACGGGUCUCGACACGCUCCCUCUCGAGCUUAUUAGAGAGAUUAUUUCCCAUCUCACCACCUUUCGUGAGAUACUCACAUUUUCUCUUGUCUGCCGCCAUUUCUACCAUCUUAUUGAUCCAUCGACGCGCCAAAAAUACCAUCGCAUUAGACUCACAACAGACAGUCUCUGGUACAGAGCAUAUCGCAAAUUGGAAGAAAUUUGUGAGACACCCUACCUAGGGCAAUAUGUCCAUGAGUUCCAGGUUCUUCUGCCCCUCAUGUACCAGCCUAGAGAUUACAGAAGAAUUGCAUCCCUGCCGGACAACUGUUCAGGCCAUCCUGACUUUGGGAUGUGUGAAAUGUUUAAAGCUAUGAUGGGUGAGGCAGGAUUUGACGAUGAGGAUGUGGAAAUGGCUUGGGCUUGGGUGAAAAAUGAAUAUAAUCCUUUCAGCAGUAUAAGACGGCAAGAAUUAAUCCCUGCUCGCAGGGCUCCGAGGGAGUGGAGAAGGUUAGGAGACGCGGUCAAAACCUGGGGCACUAAUGCCGUUGUGGUAGCAUUAAUUUCCAAAUCGCCAAAUAUCAAGGUCCUAAAGAUCCAUAAUAUAUGGCCAUGCCAGAUGUUGGGUCAAUUCCUCAAGAGGAUUAACAAUAGUCACUCGGGUUAUCUUCAGAAGCUGGUUGUCGUGAACAUUUGCUUCAACGACCGUCGUGGUACUUGGCAGAAUUAUCACUCAGGAAUUAACCUCUUAAGCCUCAUGCGCUUUUUCGACCGGUUACCAAACGUCAAGACAAUAAGUAUUAACAACAUAUGCAGCACAAGUGACUGCAGUGACUCCGAGUAUAUUUCUCCAGGGACUUCUAACUUCAGGAAUAUACGUAUUAACCACUCUAACAUGCCCUCCAGCCACCUUGCGGAUAUUAUUAGACAACCAAGAAUACUGGAGGAGUUUACCUAUACCAUUGGAGGCCGACGCUUUUCAUAUUCUGCUGGCCCUGAGUUUAUCUAUCCGACAGACCUACGAGAGGCACUCCUCCCCCGUUGUGGUACUCUACAGAUGCUUAAUCUGGACGUUGAUGCUGACCUGAAAGCUGACAACGGGGGCGAGUUGGCUGAGGAAUCGCUACCAAAUCAAUUUGCGGCAUCACUCAGGUCAUUUACUGCCUUAACCCAUCUUAGCAUUGGGGUCGAUUUGCUCCUAGGGAAGCCCAGUGAGGUCAACCAGAACCCUCAAUCUUUCCAAUUACAUGAUAUCCUACCUCCAAAUCUAGAACAGCUAGCCAUACGCGGGUACAAGGCUGGGGAAUGCCAAUUUCACACAGAUCAAAUUUCGUCUUUAAGAAAAGGUAGAGAUGAAAGGAGCCGUUUAAAGCGAGUUACUGGAAUCGAUGAGCCAAUCCCCAGGGGAGUACAUAGAUAUAGCCCCGACACCGGUCCAGAUAUUGAAUAUUGGGUAGAGGAAUGCGACUGGGCAACUGAACCGGAGGAAUUUGACUGGAAGGCGCCCCGGAUUUCGGAUCAAAGCGAGGAUGACUCGGAGAGCCAUGUGAUAAUAUCAAUUCCGCCGCCGUGCCUUUUUAACUUUUACAUGGAUGACGGUUAUAGCUCAGGAAGUCGAUAUGCAGUACACCCGAGACGCAUGCCAAAUCCUCCCCCCGAGUUACUAGAGGAAUUGGGACUCAAAUGA